UCGCUAAUUUGGUUUUUAACAACUUCCGUCCUCCCUGUGUGACUUCGACCAAAACAACAACAGAAGAAAAGCAAACAAACGUUGUUUUUGUUCUUAAGGCCAAAGUCUAAGACACGAAGAAAGAAAUCAACUAAAAAGGGCUGCCUUAUUUGCUACAAGUUGAAAAAAUGGGUCGCAUCUUCCUGGAUCACAUUGGGGGGAGCCGUCUCUUCUCUUGCGCCAACUGUGACAUCAUUCUGACAAACCGGGCUGAGCUCAUCUCGACACGUUUCACCGGAGCCACCGGCAGAGCCUUCCUCUUCAAUAAGGUUGUGAACCUGCAGCACAGCGAGAUCCAGGACAGAGUCAUGCUGACGGGGAGACACAUGGUGCGGGACGUCACCUGCAAGAACUGCAACAGCAAGCUGGGCUGGAUGUACGAGUUCGCCACGGAGGAAAGCCAGCGCUACAAGGAGGGUCGAAUAAUCCUGGAGAGAGCGCUGGUGAGGGAGAGCGAAGGCUUCGAGCACGCUCCCUCCGACAGCUCAUGAGUUGUUUUGUAGUUUCUGCCACGGCACUUGAGCCGUGCGUUCAGCAGCUUCCCCUCCAGCAGCAGCGCACGCACAUAAGACAGUCAUCUUGUUGUGAGUGGAAAAACACCUUAAUUAAAAAACAAGCUGGAUGUUUGGAGGUAAUUAAAAAAAAAAAAAGGGGGUGAACGCUGUUGUCUUCCUGCCAAUAUAACAUUUCCUGCAGUUUCAUAGUGUGCCCAAUAGGCGUGAGUGUUGCUCAUGUGUGGGAUGUCUGCUGCUCUCAGGUGAAGAAGAUAUUCAGAGUAUUUACCAACUCAAACAGUUCAGAUUAUUGAUGAUUACAGAUUUAGUUCUGUUGUAUUUGCUUAAAGAAUGGGGGGUGGUGUCCAAAAUCCUUACAUUUUAAGAGAAUUUUCUGUGAGUUUUGAUAGAAAAUGUCGAUUAAACGAUUGUUGCAUUACUUCUCAGAGUUAUCGGCUCACAGAACAUUUUCCAGAACUUUAAAAAUAACUAAACAAGUAAAACCAACACAACUGUCAGUUCACGUUGGUCUGCGGUGAACCAGGUCUUGUUUUA